GGUCUAGCGGACAGAAUUCAAACACAGCUGACGUUACUCCGUUUAUCAGGGCUAACUUACCCCGAACUGUAUUGAACUGUGUUUAGUUUUCUUAUCUUUUCUUUGUGACUGAGUGACAGAAACACUUGAACAGCUUUCUUUUUUUCUUGAAAACAUGGAGCUCAUGAACGAAGAUUAUUUAAAAAUGUAUUUGUACAAGAACAGAUUAGCCACGUAUUCAGGAUGGCCGUUUGAUGAAGGCUGCGCCUGCACGUCUGAGAAUAUGGCCCAAGCUGGUUUUAUCCACACUCCCACUGACAACAGUCCAGAUGUCGUCCAGUGCUUCUUCUGCUACAAAGAGCUAGAGGGCUGGGAGCCUGAAGAUGAUCCUGUGAAAGAACACAAGUCUCAUUCUCCGAAUUGCCAUUUCAUUCUGCUCAAAAAAGCUGUGGAGGAGCUCACAGUUGAGGAGUUUCUGAAACUACAGAAAGAGAGGCAGAAAUUUCACAUUCUGAAGACCUGCAACCAAGUUAUUGAGAAAUUUGAAGGGUCUGCGAAGUCAAGAAGAGGUGAUAUUACCAAAAUGGCCAUGGAAGGAUAAAUGGAGUCUGGUGUAUUUGUUCCUUUCCCGCUUCAUUAUCCAUAUCAUGGAUAUUACAUGUUCCAGUUGUACAAGCUGAAGUUUUGUUGUCAAGGAAACUAUGAUCUUACAUAUUUGAUUCAUUUUCACGCCAACACAGCCUUAGUCUUCAUUUAUAGGUGGAUAUAUGGCACCAAACUUGGAUAUUUUUUACUUAAUUAAGAGUAUUCUUUGAGAUCUCUAUUCCAGAUCUUUUUAUCUGGUGUUGCCAGACGUCACCUUGGAGCUUGUAAACGAUUGGAAUCAAAACUGACCCCUUUCUUGGAUAAGUUCUAAUGAGAUGGCUGUUAGACGCCUAGAGCACUUUCUGCAUGUACUAGUACUUUUCUCUGGCCUGCAGUGCACAGCAGUGCAUGAAAGCCAUUGUGACUCAUCACAUUGUUCAUUUCUUCUAGAACGUGGUCUUUUCAUUGCUCUCCUUUUCGUUUCAGGAGUCGUAACAGUAGUUACUGUUGUUUGAAAUGGCCUUUUUACUGUAGUUUCUUUCAGAUUUAUUUUAAUGCCCUCAAGCUACCCCACAAGUGGAUUUGCACUUCUUAUUUGUCCAACAUUUCUUCCACUGUUCCUUGGAGGUUUUUUGUCAUGUCUUAUGUCUUAAUAUUUUUUGUCAUUUUACCUUUAAUAAAUAUUAAAACAUAACUUGCAAUUAUGAGUGCAGUGUGUUUUAUGGUAACGGUACCUCUUCAGUCAAUGAAGCACUUAAUUUCUGCAAAUGGGAGUUUUGACCCUUGACAUUGGAGCACAUAUUUUUGGCCAAAUUGAACAUAGUAUUGGACAUAAUGCUUUGAUUACCUCCAGGGUUUUGAUAACCCUUAAAUUUAUGUGCAUUUUGCUUGCAUAUAGAAUGAGCACUUGCUCAGUCUAGAUAUGGCAUGAUGCCACUUUUUUUUCUGCACCGAUAUUAAAACCUUGAGUGUUGGCUGUUACCAAUCUGACUUAAACAAAACCUACUGAAAUGAGAAAGUGGUCGG